CAAAUCAACUUCACCAGCAUUUUCAUAUCAGAAAAUUUUCUCUCAGUUCAGGGAACUUGAAGAAAAGGCAGACAUGAGUCUCUCUGGAAAAGACAAGGCCGUGAUUAAGUCCUUCUGGGACAAAAUCGCAACGAAGUCGGACGAGAUCGGAGGCCAAGCUCUGGGCAGGAUGCUGAAUGUAUACCCGCAGACCAAGACCUACUUUUCGCACUGGGCGGAUCUUUCUCCCGAAUCCUCAAAUGUGAAAAAGCAUGGUGGAACCAUCAUGGCGGCUAUAGGAGAGGCCGUGGGAAAGAUCGAUGACCUUACGUCCGCCUUCUCCUCCCUCAGCGAGCUGCAUGCCUUCAAGCUCAGAGUGGAUCCUGCCAACUUCAGGACCCUGGCCCACAACAUCAUCUUGGUUACGGCCAUGUACUUCCCCUCAGAGUUCACUCCAGAGAUCCAUGUCUCCCUUGACAAGUUCCUGCAGGCCGUGGCUCUGGCUCUGUCCGAGAAAUAUCGCUAAAGACCCCCCAGCGAUCCAGGAGCAUUGACUGCAUACAUGCGGCAUAUCAUCCACAACAAUGCCAAUAUGUCUUUUAAAACGGAGUGUCUUGGUGAAUAAAUCGAAUAACUGGGAAAUGUC